AUGGCCUCUGGGUCAUGGAGGUGCGGAGGAUCUCGGGCUCCCGCUAGCGGGAAGGACUCAGUUCUCGUUCUUGUUAGUUUCGGCAUCUUGGUUGGGAUUGUGUGGCGAUGGCGAUGUCCCUUAGUAGGAAUAAUGCCUCACAUGUUCUAUCCUCGUCUCGGUGGUGCGUCUAGCAUCAUCGGAGUGUGUGUAAAGGUGUGUUUCUGUCGGAUCUCGUGGGAUUCGAUCGGUGCUGGCCUUCGAUGGAUCUGUUUGGAUCCUGUCUUCGUUCGUCUUCUUUUGAGUGUUUACAGGUUUGAUCUAUAUGAUCUACGACUUUCUUCAUCGGCGAUGGUUGCUGCUCUGAUGCGCUGGUCCUAUGGAGUCUUAGCACGACGACUUACCGACUGUCCUCUACAACAAGGUGUGGUUUCUCUCAACUCUGAUGGACAAAUUCUUAUUGCAUGUAGAGAAGCCAAUUAUGUAAGCCAUGAACCUAAAUUAGCUGAGGCAUGUGCCCUUCGGCGAGCAGUUAACCUUGCACGUAAGAUGAGAUGUGAUUCGGUGAUAUUCGCCUCCGAUUGCCUCUCUUUGGUGCAGAGAAUCAAUUCUCAUGUUCGCGAUCGUUCACUCGUUGGUGUUGUGGUCUCGGAGAUCAAAGAUGUUAUGUCGAAUAUUCUUUUUUCUCGGUCCGAGCUUGGGGGUUGGGAAGGUUCCAUUUUGUCGCGGGGAUUUCUGUGUCAUACGGGGAAGAAGAUUUUAGCUGUCCUGUUUUAUCAUGCUUAUGACAACUACAUGGCGUAUGCAUUUCCUCAUGAUGAAUUGAAGCCUCUCACUAAAGGCUUCACUGACUCCCUCAGUGAGCUUGGCAACCUAAAUCUUGAGCACUUGCCACAGGAUUAUAAUGGAUCAGCAUUGACACUAGUUGAGUCAUUAUCAAGUCUUGUUGUCUUAGGUAACCUAACAGAAUUUGACAGAGGAGUUAGUUGGCUUUCAGAGAACCUAACUUUUGAUGUUGAUGCUCGAGUUAAUCUUUUUGAGUGUAACAUAAGACUUCUUGGGGGGCUUAUUUCUGCUCAUAUUCUUGCAAAGGACUACAGCAGUCAGAAUAAAGAUGGAGUAUAUCAGAACCAAUUACUACAUCUUGCUGAAAAUUUAGGCAGCCGGUUUCUGCCAGCAUUUGAGACACCUACUGGAUUGCCAUAUGCAUGGAUCAAUCUUAAGUAUGGAGUGAUGGAGAAUGAGACAACUGAAACGAGCACAUCAGGAUGUGGCUCCCUUAUCCUUGAAAUGGGUGCAUUGUCACGUUUGACCGGUGAUUCUAGAUAUGAAGCUGCAGCUCUUCGUGCUCUUCGCAAGUUAUGGAGCAUGAGAAGCUCACUGAAUCUUGUAGGCUCAACACUAGAUGUUUUGUCUGGCAACUGGAUUGAAUAUUCGUCAGGCAUUGGUGCUGGAGUUGAUUCAUUUUACGAGUAUUUGAUUAAGGCAUAUAUCCUUUUUGGAAGUGAUGAAUACUGGGAUAUGUUUCAUUCUGCUUACCUAGCAGUGCAGAAGUAUUUCCGACACGGGCCAUGGUACCAUGAGGCUGAUAUCAGGACUGGAGAAGCAACACACUGGCAACUAACUAGCCUCCAGGCCUUCUGGCCUGGUGUUCAGACAUUACUAGGAGAUGUUGCUGCUGCAAAUCUGUCACAUCGUGAAUUUUACAAUGUAUGGCAAAGGUUCGGCGUCCUUCCUGAAAGAUAUCUGUUAGACUACGGAAUUUUGCAUCCUACAGAGAAGUACUAUCCUUUACGUCCAGAGUUUGCUGAGUCUACAUUUUAUCUUUAUCAAGCAACUAAAGAUCCUUGGUACCUAGAAGUGGGUGAAGCUAUAAUUGGAUCACUUAAUUACUACACCAAAGUGGAAGGAGGUUUUGCUAGUAUCAGAGAUGUUUCAACAAUGAACCUUGAAGAUCAUCAACACAGCUUCUUUCUUUCAGAAACGUGCAAAUAUCUUUUUCUCCUUUACGACGAUUCAUUCUUGAGGAACAAAAAUUACAUAUUUACAACAGAGGGCCACCCCCUUCCAGUAAUGAGCACGUGGCACGAGAAAACUCCUCGACUGGAUGUUCCCACCAAUUGGACAGUUGUUAAGGACGGCAACCAACCGAUUCGUGCGAGCGCAUUGUCAUCCAAAGUCUGUCCAGAGACAAUUUUCCGGCAGAACGUUGGCUCCCCAUGGGAGAGUGCGUGCCACAUACCAGAUGUGUUCCCUAGCCACAGAUGCAGGGCCGACGAUGACUGUGGGAUAGAGUCAGUAACAUGCAAGAGGAGAACCUGCAGUAUGGCUGGAUACUGCAGCUUGUGGCUGGCGGUUUACUAGCCAAUGUUGUUGGAGAGAUUAUACUUUCGCCAUUCGUUCACAGAAUGAUCAAAAUAAGGUAAACACCACCAUGAAAAUAGAAUGUUACCCGCCUGCUUCGGCCUGACUUUGUACAUUAGAAUAGCAUCGACAGCAGAUUCAUGACGUCUGAAUUCGCCAAAUUAACCUGCGUGUCAAAUACUGGUUUGAGGUUUCAUGCUGAUGUAUCUGCCAUCCGAUAUAUGGGUGUACUUUAUUGUGCGAUAUAUGUUAUUACUAUCUGAUCUGAUUAUUUUA